ACCCCCACCCCUCUCCUCGCACACAGGCAGCGCCGUGCCACGCCGGGGGCCGGGGCGUCGCCGCGCGCGUGCAAGAUGAACCAAGGGCGCUCCACGGUCCAGAUUCACAUGAUGCAGCAGCCUAUAAGAACACCCCGCGCUCCCGCCGUUGCGAGCGCCCACCGAAAGAACCGCGAGGAAGCAAGAAGUAGCGGCGGGCCUCCUCGCCGCAUUCCACCAAAUUUCCCUGUAGGUAGCUCUCCAUUGGAGUCGAUUAGAACCUUGAAUCGGAACAGCUUUCUUGAGCCUGCGAGCUCUUGCCUUUCCUCACCAAUUUGGUCGCUUCCCAGUUCUUGGAAGGGGCCCUGCAAGCGAAGCCUGAAGUUUCCACCGUGAUUAGCAGCUAGUCAGCGUCUUUUGCCAGUUAUCUGAAGAAGCGGAUUGAGCAAACAAGAACUGCUUUCAUGUCCUCAGGUUCUUGCUUUUCCUGACCAAUUCGAUCGCCUGCCAUUUUUGCAAGAAGCCUCGAAGCCUUCAGAAAUGGAAAAGAAGUGCAGCACCUGUGGCAAGACCUACAAAAAUAUACAUGUUAUUAAAGGCCACAGGAGGAUAUGCAAGUCCCCCAAGGAUCCUGAGCAAAAUGCCGCAAGACAGGAAGAGGCUUCAAGCAGUGUCGGCGAUAUGAAAGAUCCGCUUAAUUUUGAUAUAAAAAAGCGGCCACGGAGUAGCCGGGGUGCAGCGAAGGAGAUGGGUGGUGGAAAUGAAGCCCCCCCGUCGCAAGAGGAGAUAGAGGCUGCAGAGGGGCUUAUCCUUCUCCAGUACCCACGUAGCAAGGAUACAUCUUCUGAUAAUGAACCGGGAAUUGAUUAUUCAGGUGUUGAAUCAGCUGGUGAUAACUCUGAUGCUAUUGAUAAUUCUGAUGCGGUGCAAGAGGACACCCCGAUGCAGAGGUUAUAUGGUGGGCUGAUUCUGUAUGCAUUCUGGGAUAUAGUAUCUAAUAGAAACUCAGCUUCUGUGGAUAUCUGUGGAGGUACUGAAAAAUGUGGAAAUGAAGCCCUUUUGUUAGAGGAGACGGAAUUGAUUUACAAUGAUGAUGGUCAAGGGCUGGUUGAUUGUCCUGAAAAUUCUGUUGUGGUGGAGCCAAAACGGCCCAAGUUUAAUCUCAUGGUUUCUGACAGCAGUGACAACCCAGCUGCUGAUGAUGCUCAAGGUGGCAACAAGGAUGCGUCGGGGUCUGGCACGCCGAAGCUGAAACAGACAUCUCUGACGGAGCCAAUGGCCACAGGCGCGGAUCGGGAACAAGAACAGAAGUCAGGUGUCUUAGAUGCUUCCCUACCUCUCGAUACAACCUCUGUUGACCAAUCAGGAACUAACAGUCCAGGUGACGAAUCAGCUGCUGAUACUUCAGAUGAGGUGCGGAAUUCCAUGGUGCAGCUGCAGGUCGCACAAGGUUUCCUGGAUCUAAGAAACUCCACAGAUUAGUGGCGAUGAGGUCCCCGUUGCAGUGCAGUGCAGUGAAAGAGGAUGUACAGCCGAGCACACUGCCAUGAGGGUCAAGUCUGAACCGUAACCAUGAGGGACGGUUCAGUGUGAGCCUAUACCGGAUAUCGUGUCUUGAGUCGAUGAGAUUUCUUGACUCGCUGGUUCCAUCACCCUGAAACCAAAACUCAGUUUUCUUGUUUACUGGUAAAUAGUUACAGGUUACGAUACUGAUACUUUUGCCUAAUGGCGAAAUCAUUGCGUGAUUGCUUCUAUGGUGAAGCAGUUUUGUCCAGUUACAUGCAAUGGAUUUUUUCUAGUUCUGCUGUAUACUUUGUUUGUUUCUGUACAUGCUGAUAUCUUGAUAACAUUGCUUGCCUCUGGUUCAUAAGUGAAUAUGGUUCAUGUGGA